GCGAAUGCUAGCAGCCAGAUUCCGUCCCACCUUUGGGGAAGCCGGGAGGUCCUUGGAACGCAUUAAUCAACUAAAACCCCUCGUCCACCCCGCGUCCGUCCGCCCGCCAUGGUCCGCAUUAUCCCCAAUCGACUCAAGCCGGGCUACAGCAACAGCUCGGCCGCCAAUUCGACGCCCAACAGCCGUAGUACGAGCCCGAUGCGCAGCAAAGGAGAUCCGGCGAGCCCAGAGGGCAGCAACAAGGACAAUGGCCUGGUCUUGAACGUCGUCAUCAUACGGGCCAGGGACCUUGCCGCCAAGGAUAGGGGAGGCACAUCGGAUCCGUACCUCGUCUUGACUCUUGGCGAAGCGAAGCACAUCACCCACACCGAGUCCAAAACGCUCAAUCCCGAGUGGCACGAGCAAUGCCAGUUUCCCGUCAGUGGCGUCCAGAGCCUGCUGCUCGACGUGUGCUGCUGGGACAAGGAUCGCUUCGGAAAGGACUACCUCGGCGAGUUCGAGGUCGCGCUGGAGGAGAUAUUCGCGGAUGAGAAGACGGAGCAGCUGCCGCGAUGGUACCCCCUGAAGAGCAAGCGCCCCGGGAAGAAGUCGAGCGUGGUGUCAGGCGAGGUUCUGCUGCAGUUCACGCUCCUCGACACCACCAACCCGCACGCCACCGACCAGCAGAUCAUGGAGAAGUUUGCCGCCCUUGUCAAGUCCGCAGCUGGCACCAACCCGUCGCGGAACCCCACGCCGUCUCGGACGCCUGUGCUAGUGCCAGUCGAGAAGGGGAAGGCGCCGUCGCCCUCUCCGCUGCUCGGCGAAAGCCAGACGGAUGACAACGACGAGGACGACGAAUCCGAUACGUACGAGGAUGAGACGCCCGAGGACGAAGACCCAACCAAGCCGGAAGCGGCGGAUAAGCGGCGGAGACGACUGCGGAUCAAGGGCCUGAAGCGCAAGAAGAGGGAGAACCCCUACGAGUUCAUCAACGGCGGCAGCGAUGUGGUUGGCAUCAUCUUCCUCGAGAUCUGCAACAUCCAGGACCUUCCGCCCGAGUCCAACCUGACCAAGACUAGCUUCGAUAUGGACCCUUUCGUCGUCGCGUCGCUGGGCAAGAAGACGUACAGAACGAAGACGAUCCGGCACAACCUGAAUCCCGUCUUCAACGAGAAAAUGAUUUUCCAAGUCCUUGCGCACGAGCAGUCGUACAGUUUCGCCUUCACCGUCAUCGACCACGACAAAUACUCGGGCAAUGACUUCAUCGCCACUGUCAAUUUCCCGAUACGGGAGCUUAUCGACAAGGCGCCCAAGGCUGACCCGGCGACGGGGCUUUACAACCUGAAGGAUGUGCCCGACUUCUCGGCUCCGGCGCAGCGUCCCCGCUUUAUGCGGCUAGGACUCUCUCGCACCUCGUCGACCCAGAGUAUAAGCAAGUCCGGAAGGCCGGCCCUGUCGAAGACUCCGUCCAGUACGCCUACCCCGGCCGUGACCCCGGGCCCUUCCCAAGGGCAGCCGGAUGGUGUUCCCGAGGGCGCACAGCCGGUGUUGCCUAGCACCGGCGCGCUCCACCCCGGGGACAAUGCUGUUGCCGUCGCAGCCUCUACGCUGGGAGAGACCACUCCAGAUGAGGAGUCGGAUUUCAUUCCCUACAUGCUCCCGCUCAAGAUGAAGAAUCUGGAGAAGUGGGAGGAUAAGCAUAACCCCCAGCUGACCAUCCGCGCCAAGUACAUGCCCUACCCAGCCCUUCGGCAGCAGUUCUGGAGGGCGAUGCUGAAGCAGUACGACACGGACGAGAGCGGGCGCAUCAGCAAGGUCGAACUGACCACCAUGCUCGACACGCUCGGUUCGACUCUGCGCGACUCCACCAUCGACAGCUUCUUCCAGCGUUUCCCUCAUAAGGCGAGUGAUAACGAUGAUGCGGAGGACCUGACGAUGGACGAGGCCGUCAUCUGCCUGGAGGACCAGCUGCAGGCCAAAUCGCGGCCGCAGGGCUUGGCGGAGCGUGCGAAGAAUCUAGGAGCAGAUGCGGCGGACAAGGUCAAGAAUCUCAUCCCAGGAAACGGUCCCGCUUCGGGAACUGAGACGCCAGCCGAGAGUGUUGAGACCUCGGAUUCCCAAGUCGCGGAGUCUUCCACCAUUUCGGUCCCAGAACUCAGUACGCCGGGCGAGGAAGGGGACUUCCUGAGCCGGGAUGAUCUGAACAACUCAGCAGAGGAGCAUGUGGUCGAGAUUCGCGAGUGUCCGAUCUGUCACCAGCCGCGCUUGAAUAAGCGCAAGGACACGGACAUCAUCACCCACAUUGCCACAUGCGCGAGCCAGGACUGGCGGCAGGUCAACAACCUAAUGAUGGGCGGCUUCGUCACGUCCAGCCAGGCGCAGCGCAAGUGGUACUCCAAAGUGAUCACCAAGAUCUCAUAUGGCGGCUACAAACUCGGCGCCAACUCGGCGAACAUCCUUGUGCAGGACCGGAUCACGGGUCAGAUCAACGAGGAGAAGAUGAGCGUUUACGUGAGGCUCGGCAUCAGACUGCUCUACAAGGGCCUAAAGUCCAACAACAUGGAGAACAAGAGGAUCCGCAAACUCCUCAAGAGCCUCAGCAUCAAGCAGGGCAAGAAGUACGACGAUCCGGCCUCCAAAGCCGAGAUCCCCAAGUUCAUCGCCUUCCACGGCCUGGACCUCUCCGAGGUGGCCCUCCCGCUCAGCGAGUUCAAGAACUUCAACGAGUUCUUCUACCGCGCGCUCAAGCCCGGCGCGCGGCCCUGCUCGGCGCCCCAAAACCCGCGCAUCAUCGUCUCGCCCGCCGACUGCCGCGCCGUCGUCUUCAACCGCAUCGAGACGGCCACCAAGGUCUGGAUCAAGGGCCGCGAGUUCAGCGUCAAGCGCCUCCUGGGCGACGCCUACCCGGAAGACGUGUCCCGCUACGAGAGCGGCGGCGCCCUGGGCAUCUUCCGCCUCGCGCCCCAGGACUACCACCGGUUCCACAUCCCCGUCGACGGCGUCAUGCGCCAGCCAAAGACCAUCCAGGGCGAGUACUACACUGUCAACCCCAUGGCCAUCCGCUCGGCGCUGGAUGUCUACGGAGAGAACGUGCGCGUGCUGGUGCCCAUCGACACCCCCGAGUUUGGGCGCGUCAUGAUCAUUUGCGUGGGCGCCAUGAUGGUUGGUAGUACGGUGAUUACGCGGCAGGAGGGCGAGGAGGUCAAGCGCGCCGAGGAACUGGGCUAUUUCAAGUUUGGUGGGAGUACCAUCGUACUGCUGUUCGAGCCCGGCCGGAUGGUCUUUGAUGAUGACCUGGUGGAUAACUCGAAUACAGCUCUCGAGACGCUGAUCCGUGUCGGCAUGUCAGUCGGCCACGCCCCCGGCGAGCCGCGGUGGACGCCCGACAUGCGCAAGGACGAGAACCAGAUCACCGAGGCCGACAAGGCCGAGGCCAAGCGCCGCAUCCAGGGACAGGUUGCCGAGGAGUCGCCGGACGAUAGUGGAAGCGGGGCCGACGUCGAGGAUUUCUCGCUCAAGGUGCCCAAGGUGCCUCCGAUGGCGUCCAUGGCUGGGUGAAAAAAAAAAAAAAAAACGGGUAUUGUACCGUUCUCCCGAGUUGUGUUGUGUCUGACUGGAGGGGGGUGGUGGUUUGUCUCCAUCGACGAUGAUUUGGGCGGGGGUUUUGGAGUUAGCAAUGUGCAUAUAUUGAUACAGUAGGCCUUGAGAAACGGGCUACAGAACGAACAGACGUAGGGGCGAGAAUUACAUACGCUUAGACAUGGGACGUUCUUUCAUUACCCGGGUUUCAUCUCUAGAGAAAGCAGGCCACGUCAACACCGUCGGGUUCUACAGGAAAGUCCAGUGCUGAACUCACCUACUGGUGCGCAAAACCUUAGGUGGGAAAAAGGAAGCCUCUAUAAAACUGACGGAUCUCGCUCAUCCCAUUACCCUCAAGCUCCCCUAUACCACGCAGUGCACGUAUAUUGUACAGA